GUUGUAUUAUCCAUCCAAUUGCAAUUAUCUUUACUACUACCCUUAUCCAACCUCUUCUCAAUUAAACCAAAUCCAAAUCAUAGAAACGAGUCCUAUUUGCCCACCACUCUCGUAUCAUCUCCUCUCCUCCAAAUUUAUACGUGUCCACUUACCGAUUUCGCCACGUCAUCUCUGAUUAGAGGGCAAAGCUGUCAACCCCCACUAGAAAUUUAACACGUUGUGCAGUCCCGUGUUAAAUAGAAGGAGAGAUAGACUCGACUACGACUGCCCUUAAAAACUAACCCUUUAAAAAGUCUAACCUUUUCCCAGCUCCUCAUAUAUAAUACUUGGAAAGCAGCUUUUGAGUUAACAACCAACUCAAGGUAAAUCCAUCAGGACAUUUCUUUUUUUCUUCUUGCUUCUCUCGUUUCUGCUUAGAAUAUGGACUGGACCAGAGGCCACACCUUAGGCUGCGGCUCUACCGCCACCGUCUCCCUCGCCACCUCUCUCCUCUCCUGUGACGUUUUUGCUGUCAAGUCUGCCAAGCUUGACCAAUCCCAGUUCUUGCAAAGAGAGCAAAAGAUUCUGUCUUCUUUAAGCUCUCCUCAUAUAGUUGGCUACAUGGGCUUUGACAUUACUAGAGAGAAUAACAAGCUUAUGUACAAUCUUUUCUUGGAGUACAUUCCCGGCGGUACACUUACCGAUGCAGUUCACGCUCACGGUGGCCGGCUGGAAGAAUCGGUGAUCGGAUACUACACAGGUCAUAUUGUUCAAGGUCUAGAUUAUCUACAUUCAAACGGUUGGGUUCAUUGUGACAUCAAAGGUAGGAACGUUUUAAUAGGACAAACUGGCGCCAAAAUUGCUGAUUUUGGGUGUGCCAAAAGAGUGGACUCGGUGGAGGAUGCGGCUGAGGCAGCAACGCCAAUUGGCGGCACGCCUAUGUUUAUGGCACCGGAGGUGGCGCGUGGAGAGGAACAGGGGUUUGCUAGUGAUAUAUGGGCUUUAGGGUGUACAAUUAUUGAAAUGGCUAGUGGUGGUGCUGCACUGUGGUCUGAUGCCAAUGAUCCAGUUUCUGUCAUGUACCGGAUUGGAUUUUCGGAUCAGUUGCCGGAAUUCCCCUGUUCUCUAUCAGAGCCAGCAAGAGAUUUCUUGGACAAGUGUUUAAGGAGGGAUCCAAAACAGAGGUGGACAGCAAAUCAACUUCUGAAGCAUCCGUUUCUGAUGAAAUCCAAUUCCAAUUCUCAUGCAAAACAAAUUCAAGAAUCUAAUUCAAGUUCAAAUUCUCCUACAAGCAUUCUUGACCAAGGCUUUUGGAACUCAAUGGAUGAAUCAGAAUCAGAGAAAGUGGACAAUCUUGUCCCCUCAAGUGAUGAAAGUUCAGCCAAGGAGAGGAUCAGACGGCUGUCCUUGCUUUCAGGGGGACCCAGUUGGAAUUGGGAUGAGAAUUGGAUCCCAAUUAGAGGCAAUUGUCGUCGGGACGGUGAUACAAUGAUGGAUUCAAUUGAAGCUAAGGAUGACGUGAUCAAUUACAGUUCAGUGUACCAAGAAAGCUAUGGUGGUGGUGAGCAAUUGUCGGACGACUUGUUAGAUAGCAAUAUUAACAAUAGAAUUAGUGGGGACUUCUUGGGUGCCUGUAAAUAUGGGAAAGAUAGUUUUCUAAUUAGAAGUAAUCUAGAGUUUAAUAAGCACAAAGAUUCCUUGUUAAAUUCUUAUAUUCCAAGAUUAAUUUUACAAGCAUAAAUUCA